UUUACAACCACUAUAUACAGUACAAUAGCAGACUUGGGCCCGCAACUUGGGAACAGCAGUUCUUGUUCAGGUGCUCUUGAAGCCGGUUUGGCCACUCCUCAGGCAUUCUCUUUGGGGACAUUAUUUUGAACGGCUAACCUAGAUACAGUCAGUGCAUAAAAGAGACGGACUCUUCACAAAUCACAGCAUCAUGGAUCAUAGUUUGAGGCCAGAGAUGAAGCUGAACCUGAUGAAUGGGGUUGGUGUUCUGCUGCAGCCCAAGCCUAAACCACAGGCAAGAGAGCAGUGGGCCAAUAAAAUGGAGUUUCUUUUGGCUGUAGCUGGGCACAUCAUUGGCCUGGGAAAUGUGUGGAGGUUUCCUUACCUGUGCUACAAGAAUGGAGGAGGGGCAUUUUUUGUGCCAUACGUGCUGUUUCUCUUCACCUGUGGGAUUCCACUUUUCUUUUUGGAGACAUCAUUGGGUCAGUUCACAAGUCAGGGUGGAAUCACAUGCUGGAGGAAGAUCUGUCCGCUUUUUGAAGGUCUUGGUUAUGGAAGCCAAGUUGUUGUCCUUUAUACUGGAGUUUAUUACAUCAUUAUUCUGGCAUGGGCAUUCCUCUACCUCUUCUCCUCCUUCUCCUCAGAGCUACCAUGGGCUAGCUGCAAAAACUACUGGAACACAGAAUACUGCAAAGAGUUAAGCAAGAGCAACAUUACUGAAUAUUCUCCAGGGAAAACCACUUCACCAGUUAUUGAGUUUUGGGAAAGAAGAAUUUUGGGUUUGUCUGAGGGAAUAGAACAGAUUGGUAAUGUGAGAUGGGACUUGGCACUCUGCCUCCUGCUGGCAUGGAUCAUCUGCUACUUCUGUGUGUGGAAGGGAGUGAGAUCCACAGGCAAGGUGGUUUACUUCACUGCUACCUUCCCCUAUUUAAUGUUGAUAGUGCUGCUGGUUCGUGGACUCACUCUCCCUGGAGCAAAAAAUGGCAUCACCUUCUACCUUUACCCUGAUCCAACACGUCUCACCGACCCUCAGGUGUGGAUGGAUGCAGGUAGUCAGAUAUUUUACUCCUAUGGAGUUUGUACAGGGGUACUGACUGCUUUGGGAAGCUACAACAAAUAUGAGAACAACUGUUACAGAGACUGUGUAUACUUGUGUCUACUGAACAGCUUAACUAGCUUUGUGGCUGGUUUUGCUAUCUUCUCUGUCCUGGGCUUCAUGGCAGAUGAACAAGGGAUGGAUAUUUCAAUGGUAGCAGAGUCAGGUCCUGGUUUGGCAUUUAUUGCUUACCCUCGUGCUGUGUCCCUAAUGCCCCUUCCUCAAUUAUGGGCAAUCUUCUUCUUUAUCAUGAUCAUAUUCCUGGGACUGGAUAGUGAGUUUGUGUAUCAUGAAGCCCUGGUUACUGCUAUCUCGGACAUGUAUCCCUCCUUCUUCCAAAUUGGACAUCGGCGUAAAUUUCUUCUUCUCUUUAUUAGUGCUGCCAGCUUCUUGGUUGGUCUGCUAAUGGUAACAGAGGGCGGUCUGUAUAUCUUCCAGCUGUUUGACUAUUAUGCCUGUAGUGGAAUGACUCUCCUUACUUUUGCCAUCCUUCAGUCCAUCUGUGUAGGAUGGGUAUAUGGUGCAGAUCAUCUCUAUGAUAGCAUUGAGGAUAUGAUUGGCUAUCGGCCCUGGCCUUUAAUGAAGAUCUGCUGGAAGUAUCUAACACCAACUGUAUGUACAGGGACAUUUUUAUUCUCCUUAGCUAAAUACACCCCUCUGAAGUUCAACAAUGUGUAUGAGUACCCCUGGUGGGGUUAUGCUAUUGGUGGCUUCUUCACCCUUUCCUCCACCUUGCUCGUUCCACUGUGGAUGAUGUAUUUGGUUUGCACCACUCCAGGUUCAAUGCGACAGAGAAUAAGAAUCUUGUGUACUCCUGCUGAAGACCUGCCAGAUCCUAACCGUUCAAAACAGAAGCAAAAUAUGCUUACUUUUGAAACCUUCACAGACCUCCUGACUUUACGAACGGUUAUGAGCACACCAAACUCUUUGCCUCACAGAGAUAUUGUCUGACUGUCUGCCAUUACAGCCAUCUUCUUGUCUCCUGAUUGCUACAGUGUAUAGUAACACACAACCCAUUGUCACAUUUCCAUUUUCGGUAACUACCAUCAUAUUCAAAAUCAUACCUCAAAGUGUGAAUAAUGUUGUGAUUAAUACAUGAAUCAAAAUGGUCAUCUCAUUAUGGUUAGGUACAGUAACGUUUAUCAAUGCAAAAGUUUACAUGAGAUAAGUGGGAGUUAAUAUGGAGAACGAAUGCUGAUAUCUGUGUGUUUUGUUGCAUGCCAUGUAAUGAGUGCACUGACAGGAAAAUGCUUGUUGUCUUCUUUUUAUAAAUACUUUGAAGUACAGCCUCAUAAAUGGUCUUGAAGACCACCUGUUAAGCUUCACGCUUUGCAGCUUUCCAUUAAAGAGUGGGGUGUGCUAGUCUGAUGUGUAUAAAACAUGUAUAAAGAUGUGAAAAUUAAAAAGAUGAAGUACUAGUGUACACAUGUACAAAAGUGAAAAAGAGAUUAUUUCACAAGUUUGCUUGUACAUACACCGAUCAGCCACAACAUUAAAACCACCUGCCUAAUGUUGUGUAGGUCCCCCUCGUG